CUCUCGCUCUUUAUGGGCCGUGCGGGUUGCCGUAGAGACGCUCCAAACAUGGCUGGUCCCAUGUGCUAACGUGAGACUGAGGCUUAAUCCGAGCUGCAGCAGCGAGCAAGCUUGUCACCACUGGACCAACUCGUACAGCCUUGUACAAUAACCCCACCUGGUUAUUAUAAAAGCAGUGUCCGGAUAGAGGAGGUGUCACAGAGGGUGUUACCUUCAUGUUGGUGCGGCUCUUCCCCCUCCUCAUCUCCCAUCAUUUGCAUCCUUCCUGCACACAUUCUGCCAGACGGACGUUUGGGUGGAGUUUAGGCCGAAGUGCCGCAGACAGUCUGGGACUCAGAUCCAUGGAGCCCCUCCAGACUCCCGCCACCAAACCUCCUCGCACACCUGCUGAAUCGUCAGCAGAGGGUACGAGCCCAGCCACAGCCAACACAGCAGGUGACCAGGAGAAGAUGCUGACAGGACUGUUACCUGGGGAGAUGGUGGUCAAGGAGGGCAAGGCGGCCAUCUGUUUUCCCAGCGCCAACGAGGUGUUUUACAACCCGGUCCAGGAGUUUAACAGAGAUUUGACAUGUGCUGUGAUCACAGAGUUUGCCAGGGAUCUGCUGGCUCAGCGUGGGGUGAAGGUGGUGGUGCCGGGAGAGAAAGAGAGGGUGGUGGUCUCUCUGUCAGACGAGACGAACGAGGCCGACGCACAGAAAGAGGAGAAAAACGGGGCAGAGGAGCCGACUGUGACGGCAACAGUGGGGGAGAAAUGUGAGAGGGGUCUUCGUGUGCUCGAGGGUCUGGCGGCGUCCGGUCUGCGCUCGGUGCGUUUCGCUCUAGAAGUCCCGGGCCUGCAGAGCGUCACCGCCAACGACUUUUCCACCAAGGCUGCGGCGCUGAUCGCCAGGAAUGCCCAGUACAAUGGAGUCAGCCACCUGCUCCAGGCCAGCUGCAGGGACGCCAGUAUGCUGAUGUAUGAGAUGCGAGGGAAGAAGGAGCGUUAUGAUGUAAUCGAUCUGGAUCCCUACGGUAGUCCAGCUUCCUUUUUGGAUGCGGCUGUGCAGGCCGUCAGUGAGGGAGGUCUGUUGUGUGUAACGUGUACAGACAUGGCGGUGAUGGCAGGAAACAGUGGAGAGACCUGCUACAGCAAAUACGGUUCCAUCUCCAUCAAAUCCAAAUACUGUCAUGAGAUGGCUCUCCGUAUCAUCCUCCACAGUCUGGACCAGAGGGCCGGGGUGUACCAGCGCUACAUCCAGCCCCUGCUGUCCGUCAGCGUCGACUUCUACAUCAGGGUCUUUGUGCGCGUCUUCACAGGACAAGUCAAAGUGAAAAACUCAGCCAGUAAACAGGCUCUGGUCUACAACUGUGUCGGCUGCGGGUCGUUUCACCUACAGAGGAUGGGCAGGAGAACGAUCAACGGGAAACACACAAAAUAUUCUGCUGCCACCGGACCCCCAGUUGGACCGGAGUGUGAGCACUGUGGACAGAGACAUCAGCUGGGUGGUCCCAUGUGGGCGGAGCCGAUCCACGACUUGGCGUUUGUCCAGAAGGUUCUGUCUGCCGUGUCGGGGAACCCGUCUCGAUUCGGGACGUCCAAACGCAUCGAGGGCAUGCUCAGCAUGGUGACGGAGGAGCUGGAAGAUGUUCCUCUUUAUUACACGGUGGACAGUCUGAGCAGCACGGUACACUGCAACACUCCAUCCUUGCUCCAGUUUAGGUCGGCUCUCCUUCACGCCGGUCACAGGGUUUCCCUCUCUCACGCCUGUAAAAACGCUGUGAAGACCGACGCUCCUCCCGCAGCCCUCUGGGACAUCAUGCGCUGCUGGGAGAAGGCCAAUCCUGUGAAGAGGGAGAAGCUGUCGGAGACGAGCCCCGCCUUCAAGAUCCUCUCCACGGAGCCCAGCCUGGAGGCCUGUUUCACCGUGAGGGAGGACGCCAACCCUCAGUCCCGUAAACGCCACCUGACGCGGUUCCAGGAGAAUCCUCAGGCCUUCUGGGGACCCAAAGCUCGAGCCAGAUCUGGCGGUGGUAUUUAUUCCGACCUGCAGGACAAAAGGAAGAAGUGCCAGAACAAGAGAAAGAACCAGAUCACAGACUCGUCUCAGCUGAAAGACUUCCCCUGCAAGAAGUUCAGACAGGGAACCUGCACCUACGGAGACAAAUGCUGCUACUCCCACGACCCGGAGCGAACAAAGGAAGAGAAAAUGGAAUGAUUCGAUCAGUUGUUUUAUUUUAAAAUUAUUUUUAUUUUUGGACUUUGAAUGACCGAGUGCAGCCUGGAUGAAGUGAGAAUGACACUGCAAUCAGAUUGUAAUUCAACGGGAACAAAAACCCUGACGGCUGUUAAUCUACACAACAUUAUUCAGUUUUAUCCCAGAGCUGCUUUAUUUUAUUGUUAUUUUUUUUUAUGCUGGUGUUUCAGUCCAAUAAAGUCGUCACGCUGACGUUACUCACGCUGUUUUGGUCGACAUUAAACGUGUAAAGUCGUCAGUUUUGGGAUGUUCACUAUAAGCUUUUUAAACACUCAGGAUGAAUUACUCAGAACUGCAUUUAAAUGUACAACAGCAAACAUUUAAGCUGAAAUGGCAGCAGUAAAGUUUUGACUCAAAACA